UUUCUUUACUUUUUCAAACCAUUAUCAUUAGAAGACAAUGAAUACUAGCAAAGCAGUCACUUUCAACCCAAUCAUAAGCUCCAUUCAAAAAGUUGCGCUGUAUGAGACAAAGACGAAACUCUUUCUUAUUGGGAGCAAUAAUCAGGAAACGCGGUUUCGAAUUCUCGAAAUUGAUCGUACAAGCACCAAUGAACUGAAAAUCUAUGAGAAUCCCAAUGAGCUUGAGAGCAGAGAUAUCCGGAAGUUAAUUAACUCGAUUGGGUAUACAAAAUUCAUCAGCGCCUAUGGAGUUUUGGGAUUUGUAAAGUUUCUCGAGGGAUAUUACCUGAUUCUCGUUACAAAGAGAACACGAUGUGCUGUAAUUGGGAUGCAUUUGAUCUAUACAAUCAAAGAUACCGUCAUGAUCAAAGUAAACGAAUCGUCGACGAAGCAACCACAUCCAUAUGAGCAGAGGUACAUUAAGAUGUUUUCCAACAUUGACAUGAGGAGCAAUUUUUACUUUUGCUACAGCUACGAUUUAACACGAUCACUGCAAUAUAAUCUCUCUGGACCAAAAUUUGUAGGACCUGAAAUCGACAUUAAUGUUGAUGAACCUCUUUCUGACUGGAAAAAUAUGAAACCAACUGAAUUGGACACGGGGGUUGAAUUUGCAUUUAGAAGUAUUUCCCGGAAGAGAUUUGUUUGGAACAACUUUCUACUACGCCCCAUGCAGCAUAUUUUACAUCGGGAUUGGCUCUUGGAGAUCAUUCAUGGCUUCAUUAGUCAAUCAAAUAUUAAUAUUUUCGGACGUUCUGUGUACGUUUGUCUCAUUGCAAGGAGAAGUACGAGAUUUGCAGGGACAAGAUUUCUCAAACGGGGUGCAAAUCAUAAAGGUGAUGUAGCCAAUGAGGUGGAGACGGAGCAAAUUGUCAUGGAUGGUAAGAAGAUGUGCAGCUUUGUGCAAAUGCGCGGAUCAAUUCCUUCACAUUGGUCUCAGGAUAUUAGUAAGAUGGUCCCAAAGCCACCGAUUUCUCUGGAUUUAGGAGAUCCCUAUGCGGAAACAUCCGCGAAACAUAUUGAGCGACUUCUCUUCCACUACGGGGCUCCUGUAAUUAUCCUCAAUCUUGUAAAGAAGCGAGAGAAACGCAAACAUGAGAGCAUCUUAACUGAAGAGAUGCUGGCCAGUGUCAAAUAUCUCAAUCAAUUUCUUCCAUCGCCACAUCGAAUCAAAUACAUUCACUUCGAUAUGGCCAGAAAGAGUCGCGGCGAUGGAAAUGUAAUGAACAGUUUGGCGGCAAUUGCUGAAAAUGUAAUUCAACAAACUGGAAUGUUUCUCUACGAUGGGGAUGAGUCACAAAUGUAUCAGACAGGAAUAGUUCGAGUGAAUUGUGUGGAUUGCUUGGAUCGAACAAAUACCGCUCAGUUUGCAAUUGGAAAAUGUGGUCUUGGUCAUCAACUUUGUAAAUUGGGAUUCCUUGAUCCACCAAAGCUAGAAUUUGACUCAGACUGCGUCACCAUGUUGGAGACUCUGUAUGAAGAUCAUGGUGACACUUUAGCGUUGCAGUAUGGAGGAUCGCAGCUGGUGCAUCGUAUCAAGACGUAUCGAAAGACAGCAGCAUGGACUAGCCAGGGCAAUGAUAUCAUGCAGACAUUGAGUCGGUACUACAGUAAUACGUUCAGCGACACGGAGAAGCAACACAGUAUAAACUUAUUUCUUGGCUAUUAUGUUCCACAUGAGAAUGAUUCGAAGCAAAAUUCAGCUAUUUGGGAACUGCCCUCUGAUUACUACAUGCACAACUUACAGCGUCGAAAGUAUCAGAAUAACUCUCAUCAAGAAACCCCACUAACUGAAUGGGUCAGGCCAAUUGUAAUGCGAAAUCUCCCAUAUUCAACAAGCGAUAACAAUAAGAUUGUGGCAGAGUUAAUAAGGGUGCACUCGAAACACGUUGAAAUGAUUGAUUCAUACUCAAACUACCAUUUACCACACAAAUUGACUGCGUUUGAGGAACAUAUUGCUUAUCAAAUAAGCUACUUAGCUAGAAACUUCGUUCGCACAUUUAGGACCAAUUUUAGCCCCUUUGAACCUGGAAAGCAUGAUAGGAGUACCAGCUCCAAGAAUCCUUCCCUCACUGGGCAGAGCAGCACUAGCUCCACCACAAGUUCCACAAGUUCAAGCAUGGAAGAAGAUUCGACGUCCGAUGAGGAACUCGUCACUGAUAUCAAAGCACCUAGUUUCAGUGGUAAACGCGAACCCAUUAUUGCACAUUCCCUCAAAAAGACGCUACUCCCAUCGACGUUUGAAGUCUACGGAAUAGAAAUAAGGAAACCAGAUAAAAAAAAUUUUGGUCUGUACAAGAAGUAUGUUCAAAUGUCCAAACAGUCUAUAUCACCAGAUAAUUUGCAGAUCAGAAGUUCUCAAUUGGCAGAGGAAAAAAAGACUCAGCAAAUUAUUAAUUUAACUCCUCUCACAAUUUUCCGAAAGGAUAGCUAUGAGAGUGUGGAACCCCCAAUUGUUCCAUUGAAAAGUACAGAAAUUUAUCAAAAAUAUGUAGAUUCACCAAAUGUACUCUUUAACAUGGAUAUCACAAGCCAUAAGGUUUGUGAUAUGAUAACUAAUUAUGUAAAGUUUAUUAAGUAAAAUUCUUUUUUCAAAAAUCGAA